AAGGCGAAACAAGUGUGUGUCGUGGUGUCGCGGUGAGGUUCGGGACCGGCUAGACGAGACCGGGAGGCGCCGCAGCCGAUGUACUACGUGGUGGUGCGCGUACCAGCAGUAGCAGGGUGUGGUGUACGGAGAACAGGUGUCCACGAUAGAGGAACUCGAGCGUGAAACAGCGAGAGACACGCCUGAAACGGCGAAAGUGGGGAGGAGACCCAAGGUGCGCGUUCGACAAUAUGAAUUUUCAAGCGGGCCAACCUUAACGUAUCGCUACCUCGAGAGGCGAACGUGCCCUCCGAAUACGGCCAGCUCCCGCUGGUAGCAGCUGUGUCCGACGGGGCGUGAUGUCGCAGACACCGCCGAAGAACUCGAGUCCAGCCGGCAGCCGGCCGAGUCCUGGCAGCCCGAGCACGUCACGUGGACCGCGGCUCAGCGACAGAGUGAACUUUUUCGUGGAUCUGUUCGAGGACAAGGAGGCCAGACGGAACGUGGCACAUUUUCGUUCACCCACCGCCAAUCCUAGACCGUCGUCCAGAGCGAGCGACUCCUCGUUCGAGGAGAGCUUCGAGAAAUUGGUGGAGGAGGGUGAAUUGAACGGGUCGAAGGUGGUCAAGUUCGAGAAGAUCACGGUUAGAAAGAGCGUGAGAGAGAUCAGCGGCAGCGUGUCGUCGCAGCAAAAACUGCUGACGGAGUCUAGUAGAACGCCGAGCGAAGAGCACACCCUCGAGGAUUCUGCCUAUCAGAGUCACAGCCACGACGCGCCUAAUCAUGGAAGCAAAUCGAGCUCCGUUGGAUCUUUCGCCAGAUUCCCAUCGGAGGAGAGUUUGUCGCAGAGGAGGGGCAGCAGCCCUCAGCAUCAUCUACUACUGGACGAUCGAACGUCGUCCGAGUGGUACGCCAAGUGCAUGGCCCGAAGCUUCCAGAACGUCGCUAGUAGGAUCGAAUACGUGCGCAGUAAGAGCGAAUACGAUGCACACAUCGCUGAGAUUAAAGACGAACAAGAACGCGUGCAGAAGAAGACCUUCGUCAACUGGAUCAACUCCUACCUCUCCAAGAGAUCGCCACCGCUUCGAGUGGACGAUUUGAUCGAGGACCUUAAGGACGGCACUCGCCUACUCGCGCUCCUCGAGGUUCUGUCCGGUGAGAAGCUGCCGGUGGAAAGAGGCCGUAACUUGAAGAGACCGCAUUUUCUUAGCAACGCCAAUACCGCGCUGCAGUUCUUGCAGAGCAAGAAGAUUAAGUUGGUGAACAUAAACUCGUCGGACCUGGUUGACGGACGACCGCCCGUCGUGUUGGGCCUGAUAUGGACUAUCAUCCUGUACUUCCAGAUCGAGGAGAACACCAGAGCUUUGGAGUAUCUUGGACAUACGUGGGGCAGCCAGAGCAGCUUGGAGAGUCUCAGCACCCAAGGCUCGGCGACCAGCGAGAGGAAACGUAUCAGCAGUGAGAAAUGGAAGCAGGGAGCGAGGAAGACUCUGUUGCAAUGGGUCGCCAAUGCUCUGCCAAAGGAUAUACAAGUGCGCGACUUCGGCGAGAGUUGGCGCGAUGGCAACGCGUUCCUCGCCAUCAUCGAUGCGAUCAAGGCGAACCUGGUGAACAUCGCGGCCAUGAGGGAGGCGACGAACAGAGCUCGCCUAACGACAGCGUUCAACGUAGCCGAAUCAGAACUCGGUAUCGCGAAACUCCUCGAUCCAGAGGACGUGGACGUUCCUCAGCCUGACGAGAAAUCGAUAAUGACUUACGUCGCUCAAUUCCUCCACAAAUAUCCGGAACCAGGAUCAGCAGCUUCCGAUUCGUUCGCUGCUGUUCAAAAAGAAUACGACGCGUUGCUCAGCUGGCUCUACGAGAGAUUGAAUUAUUUGGAACAGAUGGGCAACUUCCCGGCCAAUUACCAUGAGUACGCACCUUUGAAAGCGGAAUUGGAGCAACAGAGGAUUGUGUAUAACAAGCUGGAGCGCCUUGUGGAGACACCUAGCAUGAUAAGUAUCACGAUGGACUCUUGGAGGCACGUGCAGAACUUGUGGAAAACCUUGGAGAUGCACAUGUUACACUGGCUAUGGCUGCUGGACUCCUUUUUACCAGGUGAAUUAGGCGUGGUGGGCAGAUGGCUACGUCACGCCGAGGAGAUGUUGCUCUCCGACACGGUGAUACCGGAAGAAAUGACAGAGGAGACAGCUAACAUAAUCUCUAACAAACUUGAGGAGCACAAGAAGUUCUUCCUCGAUCUUCCGUCCAUGACGGAGCGGUUCCAUGCGGCGAAGAAUUCUGAGAUCGCGCUACAAGUGCAUCCUCAACAACUGAACGAAAUGGCAGCUAGAUUGGAGAGUCUGCCUGAUCGAGCCGCGAAACGUAGAAUUCGAUUAAAGUUCCUGGAGCACAAGUGUUGCCUUAUUGCUUUCUUGUUCCUAGUCGAGACGAAGCUGAAGGGUUGGAGCGUGAAAUAUGGCACCGAGGAGAGUGUUCACCAGAUGCUCGAGCAGUAUAGGAAUUUCGUAUCUCGAAACAGAAUUUUCCAGGAGUUCCAGAAGGCCUACCUGGAUAUGCAGCAAGUAGUCGAUGACUAUAAACGCGAGGGCAACGUUGAAAAUAAUUGUAUUAGUCUUUCACUUGGAAUCAUAAAUGAAACAUUCUUGAAAAUUAGAAAUUAACGUCCAUUUUUCUCUGUCCGUUACGUGCAAAGUAUGCUAGAAGAAGUUGUGGCCUAUUGGCGUCGCUGGAACGUCAUCUCCGACGAGUUCGAAGCCUGGUUGAUUCGAGCUGAACCUGCCUUGAACCUUCCCGAAGAAGAAAAGAUGGAGUUCUUCCAGGAUAUAAGCGUGUGGAAGGACAAACACCAGCAACUAUCCGACACCGUGACAUUCUUGAUUGCAACAUCCGACGAACCAGUUGCUCUACAAUUGAAGCAACGUUACACGAACCUAACGACCAAAUGGGAGAUUCUAUUCCAAGAAGCUAAACAGUACAUGCACGCCGGUGACGUGAUAAGAAACAGAAAGGACUACAGAGCAGGCGUGGAAAACCUGCAGAAAUGGCUGAGAAACGUCGAAUCAGCUCUGUCGGCCACCGACUUAACCACCACUGAGAAGAUCAAAGCCUACGGCGAGAAGCUUCAAGUGUUCCACAACGAAGUGGAAGGAAUCGAGGAUCUCUUCAAGAGUAUCAGCAAGAAAUUCCAAACCCUGAUACAAGAUCUAUCGCGAGACGAAGUGGACAAGAUGAUGAACACCUUGAAGAAAGAGAAAGAAGCUCUGGUUAAAGUCAGAGCUCUGAUACCGAUGCAACUUCACCUGUACCAUCAGCUACUCGUUCAGCAAGAGUCUCUGGAGGCUGGACAGAAGGAGAUAGCUGCUUGGUUGGACGAAGCAGAGAAGAUGUUGAGUCACACCGACCUGUCAGGUGGCAGAGAGCACAUUCUAGCUCAGUUGGAACGUCACAAGGCCUUCUUCUCCAGAACACUCUACUACAAAUCCAUGCUGGAGUCCAAGAACAAAGUGUUCACGAGUAUAGUCAAGUCUGUGGACAGUCACGCCGAUGUGAGCACAGCGGAAGGUGGCAAAACGUUGAGAGAAUUGAACGACAGAUUCAACCGAGUGUCUCAGGCAGCUCAAGCCUGCGAGCAACGACUUCAAGAAGCGCUGAAAUGUUGGGGCAAGUUCAAAGACAGCGAGAGACAGAUCUGCGAAUGGUUGUCGGUCGCGGAGACGAUGAUGAGCGACAAACACAUCGACAACAAACGAUCCAUAGAGUAUCACAAGAAUUUCUUCAGCAACGUGAACGAGAAAUGGAUUCAGGAGUUCGUGAACGCUGGUCAAGACUUGAAGAACAUUCUACCUAUAGAGAGGCAAGCUCCGAUCGUCGAGGCUGUCGAAGCUUUGCAGAAACGUUGGAAAGAGGUGUUGACGUUCGCUCCUCUUCACCUGAUGAGACUCGAGUUCCGUCUGGACGAGACCACGUUCCUGCAGUAUCUGAAGGAGAUCGAGAUGGAGAUCAACUCGGAGCAACAGGCUCUGAUGAAGAACGACAACGUGGAGAGCAUACUGCAGAGGAACAAGGAGUUCUUCGUGAAUCGUGGCACCGUUAUCAAGGUGGAGAAGUGCCUGCAGACCCUGAAGAGGAUCAGCCACGCUUACAGCCAGAUGAAACCAGGUGACAGCAGCUUGGUCGAGGCUGCUCAGAACGCCGAACAUCUAUGGGAGGAUUCUGCUCAGAGAGUGGAACAUCUGAGGGAACAAUUGAAACAAGUGCCUGAGCAAUGGGCUGCCUACAAGAAGAAAUUCGACGAGAUGGUGCGAUGGAUGGACCACGUGGACAGCAAUCUGAGAACGAUAUUGCACGAGGUGAACACUCUGGAGGAGUUCGAGACGGAGAAAACGAUAUUCCAGAAAAUAUGCCGAGAGGCGGACAGCAAGCGCGAAGAGAUGAAGUGGUUGGUUCAAACCCUGGACAGUCUGACCUCGAAUCGUUCGGACCACGAGGCUCUGUCCGAACAGAAUCGUCUGGAGCAACUUAUCUCCCGUUACAAGAAUCUGAUACCCACUAUAGAGAUCACCAUGACGAAAACCGACAUCUACUCGAAGAGUUACACCUACAGAAAGGAGGUUCGCGAAGUGUGCACCCUUCUGCGUAAAGUUCGCGACCAGUCGAAGGUCGACGUGGUGUCCGAGAGUCCGGAGACUCUGCACAGUGCUGUGACUCAUCAGGAGAGUCGUCUGAGCCAAUUGGAACAACAGAGACCCAGCAUCGUCAGCAUGUUGCAACGCGGCAAGGAUCUUCUCAAGGAUCAACACACUCCGCCGUUUGUAUCGUUGGAGGUUCAACAACUGGAAUCCAACUGGAACGACACCUAUGGACAAAGUGUCGAGACGUUGAAAUCCCUGAAGAGCUCGCAGAAACUGUGGAACACCUACACGGAGCAAAAAGAGGAGAUCUUGAAGCUGAUCGAGCAAGCUGACGAAGAAUUGAGAAAAAUCGAGUCGACCAGAUACUACGACGCUUAUCAAGUAUCGUCCGAUCUUCACAGCAAGCAAGAUUUCUAUUCUACCUUGAGGAAAUCCGCAGAAGAGAUGCUGAAGAAGCUGCAAGAAACGUACAGUCAGUUAACGGAUAUCGCACCUGCGGAAAAGAAGAAAAUAUUGAGAAAAGAGAUCACACACACUGAGAAGAGAAUGGAGACCACCCUGAAGACUGUCCACGAGAAAGUUGUCUAUCUUCAAGAACACAGCACCAGGUGGAACAACUUCCAGACUAAGUUGAACGAAUUGCAACUGUGGACUCAACAGAGUGCUCCGCAGUCGAUUGCUGAUACCGAGUAUUUGACUACCACUCCUGAAGAGAUGGUUCAUAGAACGGAGAGAUUGCAGAAGGAGGUCCGUGAGAGGAGUAAGACCCUCAAGUUCCUCGAAGAGGAGUCGCAGAAACUCGUACAAGAUGGAGACAACAGUCUUCAAGGCAGACAACUACGCAGCGAAAUAAUAACCCUAGAGAAAACCAUCGAAACCCUGCAGAAGAGCAUCGUGGUCCAACGCGAAACAGCCACGGAGAAUCUGCAAACGUGGAAAGACUACGAGAAAGGAAUAAAAAAAGUGAAACCUCUGAUCGAAGAGGCGGAAUCGAAAACAGCUACCAUAGGCAGCAAACCCUCGACCCUAUCUCAAGCCGUUCAGAUGCUCGAGACUGCCAAAUCCUUCGAGACACGACUACAACAAUUAUCCCCUCAAAUUCAAGACUUAUCUCAGAUCAGCAAACGAAUAUCCGGCAAAACUUCAGCCUCCGACGAGGUCGACGCUAUUCAGACACGUUGGAACGCCGUUCACGACACAGCCGUGCAAACGAUCACUAAACUAGACAAACUUGUCACCUCGUGGAACAACUUCGAGUCCGAGAUACAAGAGUUCACCGAAUGGUUGGAGCAAUCUGAGAGAGCGGUGCUUAUCGAACCGAGCACUGAAACAGCAGCGGAAAUCGAGGUGCCGGAGAAAGAACUACAACGAUUGAAGGACUUCAACAAAAGUAUAUCCGACCAUCAGGCGCAGUUAAUUUCCCUAACUCAAGUUUCUGAUCACAUAAGUCACGGAUUAUCGUUGGAUGGAGCGACGAAUCUGAAAGCUCGCGUGUCGGACAUUAAAUCUCGCGUGAGCAAGCUCGCCGACACUGUGAGAUUACAGAUAAACAAAGUCUCCGACACUCUAUUGGCUCGCCAAGAGUUCCACAUGAUGAUCACCGACUUCGAGAACUGGAUGUCGCGACUGAGGUCCAACAUCACAGAGAUCAGCGACGCCACAGUCGACACCGUCGACACAAACCUUCAGGCCGUGUACGCUUUCAUUCAAGAGCACUCCGAGAAGCAGCCGAGUUUCGCCGCGAUCUACAAAGAGGUGACAAAAUUGUGCCCGAAGGAAUCAGCCAAGCAUGCAGCCACUCUGACCGAAACUUACGCCAACUUGGAGAAGCAGUACGAGGAUCUGGAGAACGAGCUGCAGCAGAAGAAGAAGGGCUUCGAGAAGUGGAUAGAGCUGUUGAGUUGGUUGAACGAAGCGAAUUCUCAGAUGAGUCACUGCAAGUACGAAGCAGAGGCUAGGAAACCGACUAUCGCCGAUUUGGAGAGAUUCUCGACGGAGGUACAAGCUAUACACGACAAGGUGAACGAUUGGAAACACCACGUUCUGCCUGACAGCGCUUUCGGGAUUCAGAUCAGAGACAAGCAGGGUAAACCUCUGACCGCGUCAGGAUUAUUGAACGACUUAGAGAAGAAAGCUGAGACGCUUCGACACGAGAUCAAUUCUAAACGCGACAGGCUGGAGGAUCUCGACGCGAGAUUGAACAAUUUCAGGACGUUGCAGCAGACUAUCACGGAGAAGAUACUGCACACACAGAUAGCUCUUCAGGACACGGUGUACAGCGUCGACUCGUGUAAACAGUUGUCACCAGCUGUGGAGAAGAUCGACGAGCUGAUAGAGGAGCACCAGAAGAGGGAGCAAGAGAAGGAGAUUCUUCACUUCGAGGGAAAUUCGUUGAUGAAAGAGGAUCAGAGAUCGACGACGAACAUCCAAGUGGUCCUGUCGUCCGUCGACGCUAACUUGGAGAAAGUGAACGAGCUUCUGCGCGAACAGAGGAAGAAGUACGCCGACAUGGACACAGAUUGGAAGGCCUACGAGGAGGCUAAGCAAAAGUUGAACAAGUCUAUCGAGGAAGCGAACAGCUUGUGCGAAUCGGUGAAAGGAGUGCCUUAUAACGUUGCUGAGUCGAACAGAAACCUCGAGGAGCACAAGAAAGCUCUGGACGUGUUGAAGAAGGGGAAGCAGUUCUUGGAGAAGAUGGACUCGAAGGCGCAGCAAUUGACGAAGGAGGCUUCGCUGAUGCCUAUAUUCAAAUCUGACCUAAUCGAAAACGACCUGGCCGAGGUUAGACAACGGUACCAAGACGCGUGCAACGAGGUGACGGAGAAACUACAGGCUUCUGAGACUCACGCGAUCAUCUGGAAGCAGAUCAAAGAAUCCACGUCGAUCACUACCUGGCUCACUAACACGCACGCUGCUCUCGAUACGGCCUACGAACGAUUACUCGACACGGACAGUUGCCAAGCUAGAUUGACCAGGUACAGAGAAGAGUUGCCCGGUUAUCAGCAGCUCUAUCAGAACGUGGUCGCGAAGAUGGAACAGCUGAAGAAACUGAACAACAACGAGGACAUCCUGACGAUGCAGACGUUGCGUAAAUCGCUGCACGAUCAGUUCAACUUGGUGAAAUCUGCCGCGGACAAGCUGGAGUCGUUGACCUCGACGUUGAACGAGAAAGAGAGGAAGAUAAGGCAAGGGAUGAAGGUGUGCGGCGACGCGAUCUCGAAGAUUCGGGAGGACAUAAUCAAGUGCGACGAUUUAACCGGCGAGAACACCAAGAUCCUCGCUCGUAUCAACAAGUGCCAGGAGCUGAAGAAAGAGCUGGAAGAGUGUAACAAAUCUUUGUCGGUGGUUGGAGAAACGUUGAAGACGAUGUUCACCGAGUACCCGAGCAUCUCUAGAAUGAGCCUGGCCAAGGAGUACGACGCCCUUCAGCUUCGAAGCGAGGGAGUCGCGAAUCACGCGAACAAAGUGAUAGCAACCUUGGUGGCGUUCCUGACGAAACUCUACCACGAGAAGUUCGGAGCUCUGCAGCGUAUGGUGGUGACGUUGAAGGAGAAGGUGGCUUGGUGUGAGCCGGAGCAGAGCAGCGAUCGUUACAACCUCGAGGUGAAAAUGGCGUCGCUGAUGGACGUCGAAGCUGGAAUCGCGGAUUGUAUAGCUAGGAAAGAGGACACCGACAACUCCUUGAAGCUUCUGGCCUCUGUGGAGAGCGCUGAAACGAUGGCUGCGCCGCAAGCCGAACGAGACAAGGUCGAGGCAGAUCUAGAGGCCUUGAAGAGCAGCUACAGCAAGAUCAAGAACGACUUGGAGCGAAAUAUAACUCUGUGGCAACGAUACGAGCUCACCUCCGAGAACGUUUUGUCGUGGCUGAAGGAGAACGAGAAUAAAAUACGAGCCGAAGCGUCUGCUUUGCUGAACUUCGACGAUAUCGAGGAGAAAAUCGAAGAGAUGAGUCAGGUACAGAAGACCGUGAUGGAGUACAACAGCGAGUUGAAAGAAUUGACGACUCUUGCCGAAGAUAUCACGAAAGUGAGCUCCGAGUCUCGCGUGAACCAGUACAUCACUCAUCUCAACACGCGAUACGACUACGUGUUGAAAUUCCUGGCUCAGCAUCUGGAGAAGCUCGGGGAACUGAAGGAGAACAGGGACCAGUACGUAGCGAACAAGAGGAAGCUCGAGAGUUGGAUCGAAAACGCGGAGAAAACUUUGAAAGCUUUCGACGAGAUCACAGGACCGAAACCUAUAACCUUCUAUCAAUCGCGCCUGAACGAGCUAAAGGCGUUCGCCGAGGAACGAGAGGUUGGACAGGCUAUACUGAACCGAACAGCCGAGGCUGGAGAGGCUCUGUUCGCCAGAAUCACGCCGGAUCAGAGAGAGAUAAUCCGAACGGAGAUAAGGAAUUUCCGCAAUCGAGUGGACGCGAUGGCAGAUCGUUCGAACGUGAUCUACAAGAAGAUCGAGAGCGACAUGAUGCACAGGUCCUCGUUCGAGGAUAAAUUCUCGCAGGUGAAACAGUGGCUGAUCGAUUCGCAGAACAAGCUCGGCGAGAAACAGAAAUUGCUACCGACGCUGCAGGAGAAGAAAUUGGCGCUUCAUUUGUACAAGGCUGUGGCACAGGACGUGAACGUUCACAAGAACAUUCUUCAGCAGCUGCAAGACAGAUUGAGCACAGCGCCGGACGACGACGCCAGCGAAACUUUGGCGAACGUGAUCGAGGCGUACGAGAAAUUGUCCAACGAAGUUGAAGGUAGGAUCAACGUGACCGAGAAGUACGUCUCGAAUCACGAGGCUUACCUUCAGACGUUCGAGAAGACUAGAGACUGGAUCAAUACCGUGAUCAACGACGGAACGCCGAUAAUCCAGGAUUUCUCCGUCGAACGAGACACCGCACAGAGCAAGAUCACCGCUAUCGAGAAUCUGUUGCAGGAGAGAGCUGUCGGAGAGAGAAUUUUAGCCGACUGCAACCAGCAAUUGGACAUUGUUCUCGAGCAGACAUCUCUGCCGGGCGAUUCUGCUCUGUUGAAUAACUUCAACGCGCAUAAGAAGCUGUGGGAGGACUUCCUGAAGAAAUGCGUCGCCGCGAGGGACAAAUUGAAGCACAUGCUGAACGAAUGGUCGGAGUUCGAGAAGAUCGUGGAAGGUUUGGAGGCUUGGAUCAAGCAGAUGGAGUCGCAGUUGAAGGAUCAGAGCUUGAAGAGCACCGAGGAAGCGAAGAAAGCUCAUCUGCAGAAGCUGAAAUCCUUGGAGGAGAGUAUCAUCGCGAAAGGAGCUGAGUUCAACGCCGCUAUCGAGAAGAGUCAGAGUAUAGAAGCUGAGGCAGAUUUGGCCACCAGAGUUUCUAGACAGACCACCAAAUAUCAGGCUAUCAAGAAUCAGAUAAAGGAAGCUGUGAUGAGGUACCAUCAGUUCGUGAAGGAGCACAGCACGUUCAACGUGAAGUACGAUCAGCUGUUGAAAUGGAUCACGGAUAUUCAGUCGGAAUUGAAGAAGCACAGCGAGAUUGUAGGCGAUCUAUCGGUGCUUCAGAGUAGACAGAAGUUGAUUCGCGAUCUGAGUGACACUAGAACUAAGGAGAACGCUAGAUUCGAGUCGGUGAUAGAUCUAGGCGAGAAAUUGUACGUUCACACAUCUCCCGAUGGCAGAGAGAUCAUCAGGCAACAGCUGAGAAACCUGAGAUCCCUUUGGGGUAAAUUCUCCGAGGAUCUGCAGGGUACUGUGCAGAAAUUGGACCAAUGUCUAAUGCAGUUCGCCGAGUUCUCGUUGUCUCACGAGCAACUGACAGCCUGGCUCCGCGACGUCGAGCGCGCGAUGCACCAGCACACGGAGCUGAAGUGUACUUUGGAGGAGAAACGUGCACAGUUGCAGAAUCACAAGAUCAUGCACCAGGAGAUCAUGUCUCAUCAGUCUUUGGUCGAGUCUGUGUGCGACAAAGCUCAGCAGUUGGUGGAUCAGACGAAAGACACGUCUCUGAAUAUUUUCUUGCCGUCUAUUAAGCAGCUGUUCCACAAUAUCGUAGCGAAAUCGAAGGAUUUGUUGGAGAACCUGGAUGAUUGCGUCGAGAAACACAACAGAUUCAACUUGCAAGUGAAGGGCUUCUCGGAUUGGUUGAACAGCGAGAAGGAGAAGCUCGCAGAGUGCAACGACGUGACUGGAGAACGAACAGAUAUCACUAGACGACUGGCUACUUUGUCUACGUUGAAGGACGACCAGAUGCAAGGUGCCGAACAGCUUGGAAAAUUGAAGGAACUCAGCGACACUGUGAUUAAGAGGACAGCGCCUAAAGGAUGGGACGCUAUUAACAAAGAGAUCACCAUUUUGGAGAGCAAUCUGCGCCAAUAUCUGAGUGAAAUAGAAUUGGUGGAGGACAAGCAGAAGGCGGCUUUGCAGAAAUGGCAAGAUUUCGAGGAUAAAUUGGAGGCACACACGAAAUGGUUCUCGACGAUGGAAGCUGCGUUCAGAGACCAACAGCUGCAACCGACUUUGCAGGACAAGGAAGCUCGUUUGCAGGCAUUGAAAGAGAAACGCAUGGACGCUAUACUGAAGGAAGAAUCGAAGAUCGACGAGUUUGUCGAUAAAUCUCACAGUCUGCUCCAUGCGAGCGGCGUCGAGCGAAUAAAACCAUUGAUCUCUCAAAUUAGCAACAGAUACCAGCUCUUACACGUGCUGAGCAAAGAGGUAGUGACAAGAUGCGAGAGCAUCGUCGACGAUCAUCGUGCUUACGAGGAGAAACUGAACGUGGUUGGUGCCUGGUUGACUCAGUUGGAGCAAUGUUUGGCCAGUCUGAAGAAAGACGAGACCAGCGGUAACCUCGAGGAGAAAGUUUCUCGCCUGCAGAUACUGUUAACCGAGAAGGAACAGGGUGAGCAUAAAUUGGCAAGCCUAACGUCCUUCGGGGAAAGAAUUCUCGCGGACACGUCGGCUCAAGGAAGAGAGCUGAUCCGACACGAACUGAGACAAGCCAGAGAAAGAUGGGACAAGCUUGUAGAAGGCAUAGCCGAGCAACAGAAGAAGCAAGACGCACAAUCGUUACAGUGGUCCAAUUAUCAAGAGUCUCUGCAACAGAUUCUAGCCUGGUUGGACACUAUGGAGAGAUCUGUGAAACAGGAUUCCUCGAUUACGUGGUCUUCUCUUCAGGAAAUUAAGUCGAAGUUGCUCAAGUGCAAGGCGAUGCAUCAAGAAAUCUUGCCGUACAAACGUAUCAUCGAGGGAGUGUCAGAGAAAGCAAACGCGUUGACGUACACGGCACAAGCUCCGUCAGACGCGCAACAAAAAGCCGCCUCGGUGUCUGAACGAUACGAGGACCUGGUGGAAAUGUCGCAGAAGAAUAUAGCGAACUUGGAGACGCUAUUGGACACGUUCCAACAAUUCCACGAUCUUCAGAAAUCCUACCAGGACUAUCAGAAACAGCAAUGGGAACAUUUGGCUAACUACAGCGACUACUCAGGCAACAAAGCGGCUCUUCAGGCUCAGUUGACUAAAAUCGUGGAGCUGCAGGACGCACAGAGCGAAGGAGAAUUGAAAUUGAACAUUCUCAGUGAACACGUGGCGCAGAGUGCACAUAAUUUGUCACCGAGAUUACUGGAGAGCAUGGAAAGAGAUUUGUCUACUUUGAGAUUCGAGCACAAAAAGUUCGCCACAGCAGUGAACGACAUUAUUCGAUGUAUCGAGGAGAGAAUUCAGCAAUGGAUCGAGUACGAGAACUCUUUGGAACGUCUGUUAACCUGGCUGGCUGACGCGGAGUCUUCUCUGAAGAAUUACUCCUUAAAAAACACUCUGGACGAAAAGCAAGAGCAACUCGAGAAAUAUCAGGCACUGCAACAAAAAGCCUUGUCGUGGGACACGGAAGUGACAGAACUGGUGGCCCUCGGAGACCACCUGGACCAAUCCAUCAUUUUGAAUCUGCGACAAUAUGAAGCGGAGUUCGAGAAGAUGAACGACGAAUACUCGGAGCUGAUGCAGAUCAGCGGAGAAACGAGAUUCUCGGGCAGUGUACAACAGAUAACCUCCCGUUUCAAGUCUAUCCAGGCGACUGCUACGGAACUGGUGAAAAAAUGCGAACAAGCAGUGGCAGACCACGCGGCCUACCUAGAACGCUACAAGCAAUGCUCGGAAUGGUUGGCGAACACACGAGCCACCUAUCAAUCCAUCAAAGACGACCUAAGCGGCACGCGCAAAGACCUAACAUCGAACGUAGCCACGUUGAAAGAUCUUCUAGCCCGUCAAUCAUCGGCGACACUCUUGCUAAACAACACAGUGGAGGCUGGUGAACGUCUGUACUCGACAACCGGCACAGAAGGCAGAGAAAUCGUCCGCCAGCAGCUGCUAGAUCUUCAACAAGCCUUCGAAGAAUUGUACGACAGCGUAGCAUCGACCGAACGCGAACUACAAUCGAAGAUCUCCCGAUGGUCCGGCUUCGACGAGUCGAACGAGGCGUUCGACAAAUGGCUGAGAACCGUAGAGACACAGCUGAAACCUGAAAUCGAGUUGAAGACCACGCUGGACGAGAAACGAGCUCAGUUACAGAUCUACCGUACGUUCUUGCACGACGUUCAGUCGCACCAGCAAGAUUUGCUCGAUCUUCGCGACAAGGCUGACAAUUUACCAGAUUCCACGGAGAAGGUGAAUCAGACGCUGAGAAAACUGAACGAGAGACACGCUACUGUGCUGAAGAGAGCAGCCGCGUUCGUUGAAAGGUACGAGGGCAUAGUGAGCGAUCAUCAACAGUACAGCAAAGCUGUCCUGGACACUCACGAGUGGUUGGACGCUACUCACAACGCUGUUAUCCUAUGGGGAGACUUGGUCACUGCUGUGAAAUCCACGAUAGAAUCGCUGGAGAACAAGGUUCAGCAAUGGAACGAGUUCGAGACGUCGAAAGAGAAGUGUCUCGCCUGGAUGAGAGAAACCGACACGAAGUUACACGCUGUAGACUUGAAAGCUACCUUGCAAGAGAAGAAGGAGCAAUUGGAGGUUCUGAGGACUCUGCAGGGACAGGUUCGAGCGAAGGAAUUAGAGAUAGACGCUGUGACGGAGAAAGCUCAACAGCUUCACAAGAAUAUAACGUCUCGAACAACGCACACGUCUGAACUGAGCACUAAAUACCAGCAGAUAUCGAACAAAGUGAAGGAUCUGAACAGUCGUUGGCAUCAGUACGUCACUACUCAUCAAGAGUUCGACAAUCAGCUAGCCGAGUGCACCAGAUGGCUAGACGACAUCAGACAGAAGCUCGAUUACUGCUCCGACCUAGGUGCCUCCUCUCAGAAAGAUCUGGAGAACAAGAUGGAGAUAGUGCAGGACUUGUUGCUCUACAAAGAGGACGGUUUCGCGAAGGUUCAAGGAAUAGUGGAGCUGGCUCAAGGUGUUCUGCCAAACACAGCCCCGCCUGGGCACAAAGCGAUCAACGACGCUGUUGGAAAGCUGCAGAAACAAUGGAGUGCCUUAGCCUCGAGAAUGUUGGAGACGAAGACCAAUCUCGACGAUUCUAUCAAUAAAUGGGCCGGUCUUCUCGAACAGAUACAAUCGAUGAACAAAACCGUCGACUAUAUGCAGUCAUCUUUGAACGAAUUCCUGCCGUUCCAGACCACCGUCUCCGAGAAGAGGUGUCAACUGGAGCGUAUCAAAGCUCUGGAGGAGAAAGUUCGAUGCGAGAACAUCGAGGUCGACGGUCUGAAGAUCAAAGUAGCCGAGAUGAUCGCCAGUGGACCUCAAGGAUUGGCCGCGUCACAGGCGCAGGGUAUAUUGAACAGGUUCGAUACGCUGUUCGAGAAGAUCAAGUCUCUGCUGGCUGAACGGGAGGAUCAGUACAAGGAUCAUAGGUUGUACAAGGAGGCGCACGACGAUAUUAUCAAUUGGCUGAGCAGAGCUCGCGAGAAGAUUCCGUCGAUGAAGCAGAGGCCUUUGAGCGACAAACUGGCUAUCGAGAACGCUGUCGCUCCUCUGGAAAGCCUUCUGAACAAGAAAGCUCAGGGAGAAUUGCUGGUGGAGCAUCUUCAGCACACUGCGAAUGUAGCGUGCGCGAGUACGAGUCCUCAAGGACAGGAGAUCAUUAAGAACGAGGUGAAAGCUUUGACCGAGAGCUUCGAGGACCUCUUCAGAGAUAUCAAGCAACAGAAGGAUCAAUUAGAGAAGACGGUGAGCCAGUGGCGCGACUACAAGGACGAGUACGAAAGAUUGAGCGACUGGUUGCAGCAAUUCGACAUCCUGAUCAAGGCACAGAAGAACUCUCUGCUACCAAACGUGGCUGAGAAGGAGAAGCAAGUGCAGGAGGUGAAGGAAAUCCUGGAGAAUCUCGUUAAGGGACAGGAGCAGAUCGACAGAUUCAACAAGACAGCCUCCGGUCUUCUCUCGUCUCACUUGGACACCUACGUGAACAACCAGCUUCGCCAUUUGAACUCUCGUUACCAGGUUCAGGUGAACCUCGCGAAAGACGUGCUGAACAAAGUCGAGACUAAUCUAGCUCAGCACAAAGAGUACGAGGCUAACUUGGAGAAGACUCGAGGUUGGAUAGAGAACGCCAGGGAGAUCAUUCGCAAGGGAACCGAAGCUGCCUCCACGAGCAGUCGGGAAGAAUUGCAGAACAGAUUGGACAAUAUUCAGGAAUUGUUGAGGAAGCGAGAAGAAGGUCAGAACUUGGUUCAUCUGACGGUGAACUGUGGGGAGAAGGUGAUGAGAAACACUAGAUCAGACGGCAGAGAGGAGAUCAACGGUUGGUUGAAGGAGAUCCAGAACGAUUGGGAGAGACUGGUGAAGAAGAUCUCCACGACGAAAGUGCAUCUAGAGACGAGUCUCCUUCAAUGGGCCGAUUACAGCUCGUCGUACCUGCAGUUGCAGCAAUGGAUCAACGACAGAGAGGCUAAACUGCAGCAAGUCUGCGAGCAGAAAGUGUCCAAGGCUAGAAAAGGUCUGGCAGGUCUGAGUUCCUUGGCGAUCGGAGAAAGAAAGGCUAAUCUUCGACAGACUAACAGUAUCGUCCAAGACAUCGUGGCGUUCGAACCGAUGAUACAGUCUGUGACUACGAAGGCGGAGGAUCUUCGACAGGCUACACCGGCUACGGAAAUUUCUAUCAAGUACGAAACGUUGAGCAAACAGGCUCAGGAGUUGUACGCGAAACAGAAGGAGACUGUGGAGCAACAUCAGGCGUUCAUCGACAGUGGAAACGAGUUUGUACAGUGGAUAAGAGCAGCCAAGGAGAGGCUUGGGAAGUGUUCGGAGCCUACCGGAGACAAGGAAUCGCUGUCGAAUAAGAUUACACAGCUGAAAGUGCUGCAAAGCGAGCUGCCCGAAGGACAGAAGAAGCUCCAACACGCUUUGGAACAGGGAAAUGCGGCUUGCCAAAUUGCAGACGAGGAGGAUAAGGAAAUUAUCGAGGAAGAAGCGGCUUUCUUGCAGGAAGAGUACGACAGCUAUGUAGACUCGCUGAACAACACCAAGAGCUUGCUGGAGGUAGGAAUAGUGAAAUGGACGGAGUACGAGGACCAAUUCUCAGAGGCCACCGAGUGGCUCACACAGACUGAACAGCUGGUGCAGUCGUUCAACAAACUUCAGGACAGCCUGGAGGAGAAGAAGAACGUACUCGAACAAUUCCAGAUUCACCUGCAGACGUUAUUCGACUGGCAGAAGGAACUGGAUCGAUUGAACAUGAAGGCUCAGAUGUUGCUAGAAACCUGUGCUGAUACUAGAAUCUCUAACGCUAUCACCCAAUUGACCACGAAAUACAACGCUCUUCUGUCCUUGGCUAAGGAGAUAAUGAGACGCCUAGAGCUACAUUAUCAAGAACAUCAACAGCACAAUACGCUGUACCAAGAGUGUCAAGACUGGAUAGAAAGGACUCGCGACAAGUUGGGCGAGUGCAAGGAGAUUCCAAGCACCCUAGCCGAAGUGAACAACAAACUGCACACCUGCAAAGCUAUCAGACAGACCCUGGAACAGGGCCAGAACAAACUACGCUACGCACUCGAACUAAAGGAGAAGGUGAUCAUGAACACCGAGCAGAACGGCGCGGCGAAGAUUCAAGAGGACACCGAGAAUCUUAAGACAGAGUUCGAGAAACUGUUGGUGAACGUGGAAGACAUAAGGCAGAAGCUUUCCGCGAGAGCCAGCGCGUUGGAGGAACUCAACAAGACUCACAGGCUCACCACCGAUUGGAUCGAGGAGAUCGAAGGAAAGAUUCAACCGGACGAAGCGUACAAGAACGAUCUGAGCGAGAAACGUGCAGCUUUGGAGAAGUACAAGACUGUUCAGAGGGAGAUCCAGGGUCACGGUGAAACUAUGGACAGAUUGAAGGCCCGAUUAGCCGAAGAUUCCAGUAUUUCUCUCGGUCCUUAUCAGGCCACCAUCGCUAAAUACGACGAUUUGACCAAGUUGAUCGCCGAGAACAUUCGAAACUUGGAGGAGCAAGUGAUCGAUCACGAGAAGUUCCAGCAGGCUCAGAACGAGGCGGCAGACUGGGUGCGCAACACUCAGCUAGAACUUCAACAGAACUGCGACACCCACGGUGAAAAGGAGCGUAUAAUCGAACGAGAGAACAAAGUGAACGAAAUUAUCGCCACGCUUCCCAAAGGAGGAAUCCUAAUCUCGGAGGUGAUCCAAUUGAGCGACGCUGUGAUCGCGAGUACAGGCCCGGAGGGUCAAGAAGCGAUCAAUCAGGACGUGAAACAGCUGCAAGCCAAUUGGAAAUCGUUGAGAACUCAAUGUCACGACUCUCAGAAGACACUGGCCAACUGUAUCGCCAGUUGGUCCGAAUUCACAGCUGCGUUGGACAGUAUGAAGAGCUGGAUCGACGAUUUCCAGAAGAAGGUGAACGACGAACAAUCGAAAGAGAACAAGACACCGGAAGAUUUGGUGCGUUGCAAGAGUCUGGUAGAGGAAGCUGUGAAACAGAAGCCUGUUCUCGAGGAAUUGAACGACAAAUGCGAAGCUUUGUUGGAGAUGAGCGCGUGUAGCUGGGCUCGCGACAAGACUGUACAGUUGCAGUCAGCUUACACGUCGCUGUUGACCGAUAUGCAGGGCCUGGUUUCUCGGGUAGAGAAAAAUCUGUCGGAUCAUACGGAAUUCCUGAAGGCUAAGAAGGAAGUGGAGGAUUGGCUGAACGUUGCUCGAGGCUCUGUACAAGAUUGCAUGGGCGUUGGAGAUGCCGAAUGGGCUAAGGACAAACUGGAAACCACCAAAAUCGUUGCAACGAGAAUUACCGAGGGCCAGCACCUGAUCUCGACACUGCAGAACGCCUUCAAGAAGGCCAUAGACACCGCUGUUCCAGAGCAACAGGAACAACUACGAUCGGACAUGGCAGGUCUUCUGAUCAGCUGGGAACAAUUGAGCGUGGAUCUAAGCACAGUUCAGGCACAGCUCAAGUCUCUGUUGAAUCGUUGGGACGAUCACACGGAAGCUGACGAGAAGAUGAACCGUUGGCUGGAGGAGACGGAGAAGACUAUCGGGGAGCUUCCGGACACGAAGGGCGAAAUCGCCGGUAUGAAAACUAUACAGGAACGUUGCAAGCACAUUCAAGAGGAAGUUCGCGACAAGAAGACCGAGUUGGAUCGUUUGAUAGGAGAGGCCGGUGAAUUGUCGGAAUUGGCAAAGAACGACACGCCGGUGAAACGAACAUCGGAACUUCUGAAACGUUGGCAGAAUUUGAGCGACACCGUCGACGAGAGGAAGAGAUUGAUAGAGGACGAGAUACGCGAAUGCGGCGCUUAUCACGCUGCUAUCUUGGAAACUGAGAGGAUGCUGUUGCAAAUAUCCUUCCAGCUGAUGGCCUACAAUUCUCUCUACAUCACGAACAAGGAGCAAACGUUGUCGCAGAUCAAGCAACACCAGACCCUUCUCACGGACAUCGAGAAUUACACCAGCGUGCUGGACGAUCUGAAGUUGAAGAGCAACAUGCAAAUAGAACGUUACGUCGCGGUGAAUCCUGGCAUCAGAUCGGUGAUCGAGUCUCGGUUGCAGAACGUUCAAGAGAGCCAUAAUCUCUCGUUGAACAUCGCGUUGCAGAUCAAGGAACGACUGGAGGAAUCGUUGGUUAAAUUCAACGAAUACGAGAACACGCUGGAGGACAUAAUGAACAAUCUGAACGCGUACGAGGUUGAACUUGACGAGGAAAUUAAAACUCCGAUCGAGAAAGCUGAUAUCAACAGGAGAUACGAUAACGCUCUAAGUUUACACACCAGGCUGCAGGCUGAGAAAACUAAGCUCGCGCUGGCUGUCGAGGCUUGCGGAGCUGCUGUUGCCUGCGUCUCUAGACCUGGAAGUCCUCUGGACGCUCCUCCUGUGCAGAUGCCUGCGAGAGAAGUGGAGGUCCGGGAUAAACUGGAGAAGCUGAUCAGACCGGCAUACGUGCAUCUGCUGAACGUGAGGGAGUCUAAGGGCGAGAUAGAGGAGCAAGCCCGUAAAAGAGAAGCUAUGCUGCAGUGGAUAACCGCGAAGAGAGAUUUGUGCGCGGCCCAAAGGGCCGAACCAGCCAGUAUGAACUCUCCUUACGCCGCUACACGGUGUACAGAGCUGAAAGGGAUACUCGAGAACAUCGAGGACAACCGUCGAUAUCUCGAUUCGAUAUCGGACGACGACGACGACAACGUGGAAAUUCGCCGCGAAUUGGACCUUCUCGAAACUGAACUAACGGACACUAUCGCCGCGAAACAAGAAGCCGAAGAGCUGAUUCAGAGGUAUCAACGCGAACUGGCGGAGACGAAAAUGUGGUUGGACGGAUUCCCCGCGCAACUGGACUUCGUUAUCAAGAAGUGGAACAGGCAGCAGACGAUCGAGCAGAAGAUUGCAAGCGCGAAGGACAUUACGGCGAUGUUCGAGUCGAAGAAAUCGGAGAAAUUGAACGAGAUGAACAAUCUGGCGGAGUCGGUGAAGCAAGUUGUCAGUACUUUCGACGGUUACUGCAUCACACAAGAGAUGAGACAGCUGAAGGAACGAUUCGCCAAUGCGCCGCGAGGUUUGCUGCACUUGGACAUGACAGCUCAGGGAAUCGAAGUGAUCAGGCAGGACAUCGAGGAGUCGAAAGAGUGGAUACAGCAGAAGAAGGACGAAGCUCAAGUAGCCGCGCCUGUUGGAUUCGACAGUAAACAGGCCGAGGAGAGACUUCUCGCUUUGGAGGCAACGCUGAAAGAAGCAAAGUCCGAAGAGAGCACGAUCAGCCGUUUGAAAAGACGCGUUCGAAAUAUCGCGAACGAAUUGGAGAUGGUCGAGCAACAUCAACUGUGGAACGAGACGGUAGUUUUAGGUAGAGAACUGGCACAACUCCGCACCAUUCUCAUAGAAGGAAUCUCUAGUGCGACAGCCGCAGUCGAAGCACGACGAAAGUUCGAAGGUGAAUUGGAACGAGCUCGAUCCUGGAUCAGAUCGAAGAGUAACAAUCUGAAGAAACUGAGCGGCUAUCUGCCUCUCAGAGCAUCUAAAGUUGAACAGGAUAUCGAGCAACACGGCGAACUCGAGGCUGAUAUCGAUUCCUUCAACGAGAAGGAUCUGAACGAUAUCCUGAAGCAGGGAAACAAUUUACUGAAGGAGUGUAACGGCGAGGAUCGUGAAAAAUUGGAGAAGAUUUUGGACGAAAUGAGCAAGGAUUACGAGGAGUUGAAGAGCGAGGCUCGAGAGAAACAGGCUGCGCUGUCGGAUCUUCUUCAGGGUCGAAAGUCGUUCGAAAAUGAGGUGGACAAGUGUCAAAGAUGGAUCAACGAGGCUGAAGUGGCUACUUCCUCGGAUUUGAGAACUUCUAGCAUCGACAUUUUGAGAGAACAACUUGCCAAGUACGAUCGUCUGAAGAAGGAGGCGAGCGAGUACGCAGACGACAUCGAGAAGAUCCUCCAACAAGGUAAAUCGAUUCUUCCAACGGUGAGCGACGCGGACAAGCUCGAACUGAACGAACAGCUGCAGAACAUGAAGGAGGCACACGGAAGAGUAGCCGGGAUCAUAAACGAAAGAUCGUCGGCUCUGCAGAAGAGCAUCGACGAAGCUGAGGAAUCGCUUGCACGAGUCGCCGAAGCGAUUCAAUAUAUGACAGACGUUCAGAAGGAACUUCACGAGCUUAACAAGCCGAUUGGUUCCCGCGUCGAGGACGUCGAGGCCAUGUUGGAUUCCUACGAGAGGAUUCUAGGCGAUCUGAAGGACAAGAAGGCGAAACUGUCCGAUUUGCAGUCUGUCAACGUGUCCGAUCUUCACGGUGUCUUGACUCAACAGGACGAUCUGAUAAAAGCUAUCGAGGAUCAGAUCGCGAAACUUCGACAGUUGUUGCUUCUGCGGCAGCAAUUCAUCGCUCUGAUCACGGAGAUCACUACGUUCAUCGCCAAGUACACGGAGAUCGUCCGGGACAUCGAGAACUCCGGUCAGACGAUCGAGGAGAAGAUCAAAAGAUACGACGACGCGAUACUCAAGAUCCAAGAAUGCGAGGCUACUCUGGCCAGCGCGACGGACAAGGGACAACAGAUCGCCACGGAAGGUUCGACGGCGGAUAGAAACAACAUAACGGAACAAUUACAGUCGCUGAAGCAGCAGCUACAGGGUCAGACGCAAAGGGAGCAACACGAGCUAGCAGCAGCGGAGCACAAGAGACUUGCCAACGAACUGGCUGAGAUUCUCAACUGGCUCGAGGACAAAGAGAAAGAAGUGAAAUCCAGGCCUCUUUUAGAAAGGGACCCGGCGAGCGUAGAGGAAGAAUUGAAGAAGCACAACGAGCUAUGCGAAGCUGUCAACGAACACCUUGACAGAAUUAGAAACCUGAAGAACUGUGCGCCACACGAGGAGGGAAUGCCCGGUUCGUUGAAGGAAAUGCUCAGUGAAGCAGUGUCUCUGCUGAGUUCUUUGCCAAGGGAAAUGGAGGAACGUGGCAAUUAUCUGGAGAAUAAUAUGAAAUUCAGGCAGGAGUACGCUUCUCUCACCGACGUGCUUAGAAAUUGGGUUCACGAGGCGGAGAUCAGGCUGGAGAGUGACAAGGAUGGACUCGAUUUCGAGAAUAUACUCAGCGAUCUAGAGGAGCACAAGAUUUACUUCAGCAGCGAGCCAUCGAUGCGCGAGUUGGUGUCGCAACAGAUUCAACAAGCGGCCGACAAAAUCUGGCCGUCUCUGAACACGUCCGAGCAGGAAGAAUUGAGCGCGGAGCAGCAACAGCACAUACAAUUGUUGAAGAACACCCUGAACAUCGCGAAAUCUCAACGCGCCAGAUUGGAACAAGGCGCUGAAACGUGGAAGGACUACACGCAAACGUUGGAACGAAUUCGUGCUGUCAUCCCGAGAACUAGGUUCACCGACGAGCCUGUCACGACUUUAGCUGGAUUGCAGUUCAACAUCCAGAAGAUCAUGCACGCUUUGAACGACGUACAGAAUCAACAGUUCGAAUUGGACCUAUUGAACGAACGUAGCCGCGAAGUUCUCCGAUUGGCCAACGACGACAAUAAGAAGAUCAUCGAGUCUCAAAUCUCCGAGAUCACGGAAAAAUGGAAACAGUUGGUUUCCGGUUUGGAGGGCCGCAGAGACGCUCUCGAGGCGCUUUCCAGGCACUGGGAAGACCUCGAGGGAAGAUGGUCCUCCAUCGAGACUAAAUUAAACGCCACCGAGGAGAAGAGCAAACUUUUGGACACUGUGAUUCGUUCUAAGCAACACUUGCACGACAUCCUUAAGUCUCUACGUGAGCUGGUAUCAGAAGCAGAGAAGCUGAAACCGAUGACAGAGGAAGUGAGAUCCCUCUCAGGACCUGUCCUCGCGUAUCUUUCAGCGUUCACGGAGGCUCCGGCACAAGCGCUCGAGGAGAAGCUGAACAAAUUGCAGAAUUCCGUCGAAUCGCUCGUCGACUCCCUGCGGAAGAAAUCCAAGAAGGCGGACGAGGACUUGGAGGCGUUCGAGGACGCCGAGCGUGAGAUCGAGCAGCUGAGGAAGCGUCUGAACGAGGCGCGCGAACGCGCCUCGAGCCUUUACGUAUUCGAGCCGGAUCAGGACGCUACCGAGAAGAAGCUCGACGAGUUGAGCUCGGAGGUCGAGCAACUCCUGGACACCGCGAAAAAGUUCUCAGAAAGCACUAAGGCGCGGUACCAAGCUAGCCAGCAGCUGGUACCCAGCGAUCUUGCUCAACACUUGACUGCUCUAGAGUUGUGCGCUGAAGCAACGGCGCAAGUUAUGGAGGAGAAACAGAGGGAACAGAAACGUGCUAGAACCGUCAGAUCGGAUUAUCUGACCGAUCUAGACGAGGUUCAAGCAUGGAUAAGACAGGCCGAAUUGAAGGUACAAGACAGAUCUAUCGAGCCUGUCCCGUUGAAGGAGCAAUUGAAGCAGGUGCAAGACGAGCUGGGGACGAUCAGCGACAAGCUCGAACGAUUAACGAGAAACGGCCGUGCUAUUACGGAGAACACGAGGGACGAGACGGAGAAACAGUUGAUCGACAGUACCGUGAACAGCGUGACCGAUCAGUUGAACCAAGUUAGAAAUUGGUUGGACGAGAGGAAGCAAGUGGUCGCUAACGCGAUCGACGCUUGGCAGAGAUUCUUCGCUUUGCACGAAGCGGUGAAAGCUUGGACAGAGGAGAAGAGACAGUUCCUAGUUGAGCCGUUGAAGCUCAGCACCCUCGUGCAGGCUAGGCAGAGGCUGCACGAGUACUCGACAGCCGUAAAGAGCUGCAAGGAGAUCAACAAGAAUCUCAGCGAGAUGGGUAAAGAGCUGGAGUGUGUCGGUCAGGUUUGCAGCGUGGGUGAUUUGCCCGAGAAGUUGCUCGAAGUUGAAGAGGCAAAGGUUCACGUGGAGGGUCAACUGUUGGAAAGGAACGCGUUGCUGCAAGACACUAGCGAGGAAUGGGAGCAGUGCGAGCGAAAGAUGAAGGAGGUGAAAACGUGGAUCGAGAAAGCGAAACAGUGUCUCGAAUCGGCGCAGAACAAAAAGAAACCGUUGCGGGAUCAGCACAGUAUACGUGAGAAAAUGCUGAGCGACAUAGCUAUACAGAAAACGAAAAUCAGUAUAUCGAGGGAGAAGCUUCAGGUCCAUUUCCGUGCUGGGAUCGGCGACGAUAGUAGAAUCAACGAGACCGUAGACGAGAUGUCCGCCGAGUUGGACAGCCUUCAGAACAGCGUGAAAGAACAGACCACGUCGUUAGAGGCUUGUUUAGCUCAGAUCGAUCAAUAUCAACAGGAGAUACAACAGUUGAGGCAACAGAUUAUGCAGGUGGAGCAGCAACUGAGGACACUGCUCAGCCCGACAUACCUGUCCACCGACAAGGAGAAGGCGUUGCAGGAGCAACAGAUCUAUCGGGAGAAGAUCAAGUGGUUGCAGAGUAAAAUUCGCGCGCGUACAGAAAGGUUGAAGAUUCUCGCGCAACGAGGCAUACCAGUCCCGGAAACGUUGGAUCCAUGACCGGAGUGUAGUCGGUGUUAGAGAUCGUUUAAAAAGGAAAAAUUACAAAAAAAAAAA